AUGAAUAUCACGUUGGAUUUUGUUGGUAUUGGUGAGUAACUAGACUCUUUUUGCACCUUAUAAGGUGCUAUAUUUUCAGGAGAAAUCGAUUUUCCGGUUUACACAGAUGAGGAAUAUUAUGGGCGAGAAGUUCCAUAUGCGAUUUUCAUUGCUGUCUACACUACGUUAGCUAUAAUUUUGCAGAUUCUAGUGAUUCGAGUUUUCACGACAGAAAGGGAGAUGAAGAAACUUCCAGCGUUUCAGAUUAUGUUGAUGAUCUCGAUUUUUGACACGAUUCAGCUUUUCAUACAUUUGUAUGCGGUUUUUUAUAUUUUGAGCUCGGAGCCACAUUUUGCAAUGUGGGAUUUUGUAAGUUACUGGACAUAGAAAAUUAAAACUGGAUUUUUUUGAAGAUAAUUGGAGCUGUUAUGAAUGCAUCUUGGGUUGUUAUGUUGCUUUUGAGUAUUCUACUGAAUUUUAACCGCGUAUUUUCAAUCGUGUUCCAUUUUCAAGCAAAUGCGAUUUUCUCGAAAACCAUGAUGAAGGUUUAUUUGUUCAUAACCUGUUUGCUUUGGUGUUUCCUAGCGAGUUUGAAUAUCUCCGGUUUGAGUCGAAUGGUAUACCUGCUUCCCGCUUACACGUGGCACUAUUUAGCGGAAAAUCCGCUGUCUGAAAUUGUUCGGACUGGAAGUGCUGAUGCGUCGUUGAUUGAUGUGGUUUUCUCAUUGAUUUCGCAUAUCAUCAUUUUUUCGUGGAUUUAUUUGAAAGCGGCGAUUCUAUCGAAGAAAGAAUUGAUUUUGACCAUUCAAGUUCUGUGCAUCUCGAUUUUUCAUGUAAUUGGAUAUGUUACUUGGGAAUAUCUACCGAUUCCCUGGGAACUUCCGAUUGGUGUAUUCUUGGGACAUGUGGUCUGGAUGGUUUGGAAUUCGAUUAACCCGAUUUUAUACAUCUUGAUUAAUCCGUGAGGUUCCUUUUUGAAAACGGAAGAGAAUUAAUUUGAUUUUUAGAAGAAUACGAAUGGGAGUUUUGGGUCAAUUUGGAAUUGGUCCAGGAGUUCAAAAUAUUACACAAGUUUCCGCGAUACGAAGUACGGUUUCAGCUAUUCAAAAUAGUCCGAGGGUAUAA